AGAGUCGGGUGUUACACAUGGGGCAGGCCUCAUGGCGCCGUGCACCCAAAGCACAAAAAUCUACAAGGACCUUCAGUCCAGUACUGUAGCAUGGUGAAGCAUUCCCAUCUCCUGAAGCUCUUCUGCGUAUCCUUCCUCCUUGUGUCUGGCGUGGCCGCACAAGAUGACGGCACUCCUGCGCCUACCACAACCAGGGGACGCACCACUCGCGCGCCCAUUACGUUUUCGCCCAUCACGAUUUCGCCCAUCACGAUUUCGCCCAUCACCGUAGAGCCCACGACCGUAGAGCCCACCACUGUAGAGCCCACCACGUCCAGGGCCACCACACUGAAGCCAACGACUGCCUUCCCCACGACCACCCCGGUCAAGACCACUGUCGAGCCUACGACACUCACGGCACCCACGACACCCACCGUGACGGAAACCACUGAGGCCCCGGUGGCGACGACGGUGUCGUUGGAAACAACGUUGGCGCCUUUGAAAACGACCACCGCUGCACCCACAACGACCCGCAGGCCCACGACUACCAAACCUGUGACAACGCAAGCCGCCUUGAUUGAAGUGACCGUAGCUCCCACCACGACGCUGCGCCCGACGACUUCGGCCCCUGUCGAUGACGACAGCAGCAGCCUCGGUGUGUACAUCGGUUUGGGCGUGGGGGGCGCUGUGCUUUUGGCAGGAAUUGUCUUUUUGCUGCUCAAGCUAAAGCAACCUCGCGAUGAUGACGACGACGACUACGACGAAGUGCAAACGUACAAGAUCACCGCACCCUCCUACACCAAGGCAGCACCGCCUGUGGCCGUGCUCAAUGCCUACUCCCCGCCGGUCAAAGCGCCACAGGUUGUGACCCAGCAAUACAACCCGUACUCAAACCAUACGUCGAACCAGCAACAGCGGUCGCUGCAACCAACGGCCAACCCCGUUGUCGUCGGCUCGUACUUGAACACGACGUCCACCCACCGGGACUCGGAAUUCGAGUACGAAGCGCAGAACUCUGCCGUCCUACCCCCGCAGUCUGCGGGGGGAUACGACACGGACCGCGAAUCCGAGUUUGCGUCGCAAUCGUUUCUUAACAACCCAUCGGGAGCGCACUCUGUGUACGAGUUCAAGGACUCGAUUGACUCCCGCGACAGCGGAUUGUCGGAAGACCUGCAGCCAUCGCCCAAGCGCAAUGGACGAGCCCGCGUCUCGUCGGUUGAAUUGUAGACCAGGCGUCCGCCUUGAUGUGUCGAAGUAGCGUCGUCGGAAGGAUGAGUCGUUCACGGAAAGACUUGUUUAAACAGAAUCACAAAGUGCCGUUAAUUAGGUUUAAUAUCGAUACAUACCAGUACAUCGCGAUGGAAGCGAUGCAUUCUCCAG